AUGAGUUACAGAUUGUACUUAGCGCGGGACGCCACAGAGGAGUUCUACAAAGGCAUCAGCCGAGAAGUGGCGGAAGAUUUACUGGACAAUAAACAGAACGGUACGUUCAUUAUAAGACCAUCGAGGGAUUCCCUGGGCACGCUGUCGGUCAUCCAGGACAGCAGGGUGUACCACCUAAGCAUAAGGCGGAGGCAGGACGGCCUUAUAGCCCUCGGGAACGAGAAAAGCAACGAGAAGUGCUUCAAGGACAUCGAUUCCCUGAUUAAUUAUUACAUCAGCAACUAUUUGGUGUUGUGUUCGAAUGGACAGAGGAGUUUGACGCUCUUGUUGCCGUACAGGGAUAAGAAUGUGGUACCGUGA